GCGGCGGCGGCGGCCGUAGCCCGAUGGGCCGGGGAGGCCGCGCUCCGCGAACAAAAGGCGGCGGCGGCGGCGCGAGCGGGGCCGGAGCGGCAGCGGAGCGGGGCGGGAGCGGCCGAGCGGGGCCCAGACUAAGUAACCAUGUCAGCCAAAGCCAUCUCUGAGCAGACAGGGAAGGAGUUCUUGUACAAGUACAUCUGCACGUCCUCUGCCAUCCAGAACCGCUUCAAGUAUGCCCGGGUCACGCCAGCCACGGACUGGGCACGGCUCACCCAGGACCACCCCUGGCUCCUGAGCGAGCGUUUGGUGGUGAAGCCAGAUCAGCUCAUCAAGAGACGUGGGAAGCUGGGACUGGUUGGGAUUAACCUCACCCUGGAUCAGGUCAAGGCUUGGCUCAAGCAGCGUCUGGGCCAGGAAACCACGAUUGGUAAUGCCAAGGGAAUCCUGAAGAACUUUCUGAUUGAACCUUUUGUCCCUCACAAGCAGGAGGAAGAGUUCUAUGUGUGCAUUUAUGCUGCCCGUGAGGGAGACUAUGUGCUCUUCCACCACGAAGGGGGUGUGGAUGUGGGAGAUGUGGAUGCCAAGGCUCAGAAGCUGCUCGUGGCAGUGGAUGAGAAGCUCAGUGAAUCAGAUGUGAAGAAGCAUCUCCUGCAGCAUGCACCAGCUGACAAGAAGGACAUCUUGGCCAGCUUCAUCUGUGGCUUGUUCAACCUUUAUGAAGAUCUGUAUUUUACGUACCUCGAGAUCAAUCCAUUAGUGGUCACCAAGGAUGGUGUUUACAUCCUUGAUAUGGCUGCAAAGAUCGACGCCACGGCUGACUACAUCUGCAAAGUGAAGUGGGGGGAUGUGGAGUUCCCCCCUCCUUUUGGCAGGGAAGCUUACCCUGAGGCAACCUACAUUGCUGACCUGGAUUCCAAGAGUGGGGCCAGCCUGAAGCUUACAAUCCUGAACCCCAAAGGCAGGAUCUGGACCAUGGUGGCUGGUGGUGGUGCCUCAGUGGUGUACAGUGACACCAUUUGUGACCUGGGGGGUGUGAAUGAGCUGGCAAACUAUGGGGAGUACUCAGGAGCCCCGAGUGAGCAGCAGACCUAUGACUAUGCCAAAACCAUCCUCUCCCUCAUGACCCGAGAGAAGCACCCAGAAGGGAAGAUCCUGAUUAUUGGAGGCAGCAUUGCAAACUUCACCAAUGUAGCAGCCACCUUUAAAGGCAUUGUGAGAGCAAUUAAGGAUUACCAAGGGCCUCUGAAGGAGCAUGAGGUGAGGAUCUUUGUACGAAGAGGAGGCCCCAACUACCAGGAAGGGCUGCGUGUCAUGGGAGAAGUUGGGAAGACCACGGGGAUCCCCAUCCACGUGUUUGGCACGGAGACCCACAUGACAGCCAUCGUGGGCAUGGCCCUGGGCCACCGGCCCAUCCCCAACCAGCCUCCAGCUGCAGCCCACACUGCCAACUUCCUGCUCAACGCCAGCGGCAGCCCCUCGACUCCAGCACCAAGCAGAACUGCCUCCUUCUCUGAGUCCAAACCAGAUGGCAUUGCUCCAGCUAAGAAGGCAAAACCAACAGCCCCUCUUGGUAAAGCCACAACCCUGUUCAGCCGUCACACCAAGGCCAUUGUGUGGGGGAUGCAGACCAGGGCUGUCCAAGGAAUGCUGGACUUUGAUUAUAUUUGCUCCAGGGAUGAGCCCUCAGUGGCUGCCAUGGUUUAUCCCUUCACUGGUGACCACAGGCAGAAGUUCUACUGGGGCCACAAGGAAAUCCUGAUCCCAGUCUACAAGAACAUGUCAGAUGCCAUGAGGAAGCACCCAGAGGUGGAUGUCCUCAUCAACUUUGCAUCCCUGCGCUCUGCCUAUGACAGCACUGUUGAAACCAUGAAUUACCCUCAGAUCCGCACCAUUGCCAUUAUUGCCGAGGGCAUUCCGGAGGCCCUGACACGCAAACUGAUCAAGACAGCUGAUAAAAAGGGAGUCACCAUCAUUGGGCCUGCAACUGUUGGUGGGAUCAAGCCAGGUUGCUUUAAAAUAGGCAACACAGGAGGCAUGCUGGAUAACAUCUUGGCAUCGAAGCUGUACCGCCCUGGCAGCGUGGCCUACGUGUCCCGCUCUGGAGGGAUGUCCAACGAGCUCAACAACAUCAUCUCCCGCACCACUGACGGGGUCUACGAGGGGGUGGCCAUUGGAGGAGACAGAUAUCCUGGUUCGACUUUUAUGGAUCAUGUCUUGCGUUAUCAGGAUACUCCAGGAGUGAAGAUGAUUGUAGUACUGGGGGAGAUUGGAGGCACAGAAGAGUACAAGAUCUGCAGGGGUGUUAAAGAGGGCCGGAUCACCAAGCCAGUGGUGUGCUGGUGCAUUGGUACCUGUGCCACCAUGUUCUCCUCAGAGGUGCAGUUUGGCCAUGCAGGAGCUUGUGCCAACCAGGCCUCUGAAACUGCUGUAGCAAAGAACAAAGCCUUAAAGGAAGCUGGAGUGUUUGUUCCCCGGAGUUUUGAUGAGCUGGGAGAAGUCAUUCAGUCUGUGUACCAGGAUCUUGUGGCCAAAAGAGUGAUUGAACCAGCUGAGGAAGUGCCUCCUCCAACUGUGCCAAUGGAUUACUCCUGGGCAAGGGAGCUGGGGCUGAUCCGCAAACCGGCUUCCUUCAUGACCAGCAUCUGUGACGAGCGAGGGCAGGAGCUGAUCUAUGCUGGGAUGCCCAUCACUGAGGUCUUCAAAGAAGAGAUGGGAAUUGGAGGAGUUCUAGGCCUACUAUGGUUUCAGAGGAGGUUACCCAGGUAUGCCUGCCAGUUCAUUGAGAUGUGCCUGAUGGUGACAGCAGACCAUGGGCCAGCCGUGUCUGGAGCCCACAACACCAUCGUCUGUGCCAGGGCUGGCAAAGAUCUGGUUUCAAGCCUCACUUCAGGCCUUCUUACUAUUGGUGACCGGUUUGGGGGAGCACUUGAUGCUGCAGCCAAAAUGUUCAGCAAAGCUUUUGACAGUGGGAUCAUCCCCAUGGAAUUUGUGAAUAAGAUGAAGAAAGAAGGGAAGCUGAUCAUGGGCAUUGGACACAGAGUGAAAUCUAUAAACAACCCUGACAUGAGAGUUCAGAUUCUCAAGGACUAUGUGAAGCAGCACUUCCCAGCCACUCCGCUGCUGGACUACGCGCUCGAAGUAGAAAAAAUCACAACUUCCAAGAAACCAAACCUUAUCCUGAAUGUAGAUGGCUUUAUUGGAGUGGCCUUUGUUGACGUGCUCAGGAAUUGUGGCUCUUUCACACGGGAAGAAGCAGAUGAAUAUAUUGAUAUAGGAGCUCUCAAUGGCAUCUUUGUACUGGGCAGGAGUAUGGGAUUCAUUGGACACUACCUGGACCAGAAGAGAUUGAAGCAGGGUCUGUACCGUCACCCCUGGGAUGACAUAUCCUACGUCCUACCGGAGCACAUGACCAUGUGAGAAGCUGCUGGUGCCUUGGAGUGCACCAGGACAGAAGCCUGGCCAGGGGACAGCCACAGUGGGACUGUGAUGUGUAAAGAUGAUUAUUGGGACAGAGACGUCGAGCUGCCUGGUCAAACUGUGCAAAGCGACUGUUUUAUAAGGAUAGAAACUUACUCUAAUAAAACCAAAACUUGUGCUAUUCCCUCUGUUACCUGCUGUAUUUAAUACCGUCUCUCACACUUCUCUUUUUUCCUAUUCUCAUUUCAUUUUGUUUCCAGAAGUGAUUUAGGGUUUGGGGGGUAGAGUUUGGCUCAUAGGUAUGCCUUACUGAACUCUAGUAACAAGCAGUACCUUUCCCAUGAGGGGAACGUGCCUGUCAUUCCCAUAAGCCAUCACUUUGGAUUUUUUUUGUUGUUGUUGUCUGUUGUUUUUCAAUUUGUUUACCAUGUUCUUAUCCUUGGUCUGACUGUACCUGAAUCCUGGGACCACUGCUAAAGUAUAACCAAUGUUACUCAAGCUGGUGUAGUAAUUUAAAGUGUAAAGUUGUAACAUACUGCUGUGAAAACUGUGAAAUCCCUGUACUCCAGUGUCUGUAUUUAUGCAAACAACCUCUCCUUUUCUCUGACUGCUGCUCUGUGCACUGUCACUCAUGUAAUCUGCAGUUGCAAAAAUAUCUCAGUAAUAAUUUCAGUGUCCUCCUUGUCUGUGUACUGUAACCAAACGCAAAUAAAUACACAUUACUAAUUUA